AAUGUCAGCUGUCAUUCAAAUCGCGGAUUAGCCAUUAACCAAUACGGAAACGUUUGGGUCCCAUUUUGCUUUUAAGUUGAUUUGGGCUUUUAUAAAAACUUCCACUUAGUCGAGAGGUUUAUCAUUCUGGAUUCUAAACUGAAAGCGAAGGACGUUAAGAUGGCCCGUGAUCGAUCAGCGUCGCCGGUAGCUGAGAAGGAAAAGGAGAAAAAGGCCACGAGCCGCGGGCGUGAACGCGACCGUGAUCGCAGGAAGCGAGGCUCUGUCUCGAGCAGUAGCGAUAGCAGUGGAAGCUCCAGCGAUAGCAGUUCGUCGCGCAGUAGCUCCGGAUCUCGGUCCAGCUCAUCCAGUUCGUCGUCCUCAAGCUCUUCCUCGUCAUCUAGCUCGAGCAGUGGAACUGAUCGCCGCGCAAAGCGUAAAAGUGCAUCGAGAUCCAGAUCGAAAAGUGCCGCCGCAAAGGUUACGGCACGCAAGGAGUCCAAGGAACGACCAAAGUCCAAGGAGAGGCCACGACGGAGUUCGGAAAGGGAACCGGUUGAGGAGAGAGGCAAACGCAAGAGUCCCGAGCGUCCUAAAGAACGUCCCCGUUCACAUUCCGGCUCACAAGGUCGCCGUAAGCGCCGUGAACGUUCGCCUACACCAAAGCCAGUUCGCAUACACAUCGGUCAACUGACAAGAAACGUUUCAAAGGAUCACGUCAUGGAAAUCUUCAGUUGUUUUGGAGAAGUUAAACAUGUUGAGUUCCCAAUAGAUCGUUUUCAUCCCGAAAUUGGACGUGGCUUGGCUUAUGUGGAAUAUACUAAUCCUGAGGAUGCAGAAAAUGCCAUGAAACACAUGGACGGUGGACAAAUUGAUGGUCAAGAGGUUACUGUAUCGCCUGUGCUGAUUCCCAAGUUUCGACCGCCGAUGCGCCGGAAUUCACCGCCAAUGCGUCGUCCACCGCCACGUUGGCGAUCACCAAUGCGUUACAAUUAUAAUAGACGUCGAUCGCCAAUUAGACGACGCAGCCCGAGACGUCGAUCACGCAGUCCGAUUCGUCGUAGACGUAGGAGCAACAGUUCCGGAAGUUCACGAUAAAAAUUUCGAUGCAGUUCAUUUUGGAGAAGUGUGUGUGGAAUAUAGUGAGUUUCGCAUCCAGUUUUAAUUUAAAGUAAGACGUUCUUUGAAUAGAAUUUCAACUAAUUAUAUAAUUGAUUCUUUUUUACCUUCAGAAGCGUUCCCCACGCUAAAGAAGGGAUUAGAUGUAAUUAUUCUCAACUGUACCGAAGAAUAAAAUGCAAAUAAAAGAUAUCUUAUUAAAAAAA